ACCCAAUCAGUGAAGGCCCUGCCUGCAGUCAGAGGUGGCUGGCCCUGUUUGACAAGGCGCAGCUCUUGCCUCCACCCUCAGCCAAAGAUAAAGAAAGGCAUGCGCUGAGGGAAUUCAGUCUACAUUUUCAAAGGAUUCAACUUGUAGUCAACAAUUGGCUGCAGUGGCUAAUUGUCAUUCAAUGGAAUUUCCUAAGGAAGAUAGUCAAGAGGACGCACCAGAGUGUCCGGUGUGUUAUGAGUGUCUCUCGGGCACAGAGAGGACUCUGAGCUGCGGACAUGUGUUCUGUCACGACUGCCUGGUCAAAACGCUGGUCAGCAUCAACAGCGAUGGAAAUAUCAGAGACACUAUUGUUUGCCCUAUCUGCCGACAUCUUACAUUCAUCAAGAAACAAAAGGAAGCGCUUGUGUCCCUUGCGAUGGACAAGGAUCAAGGUGGAGGGCAGACCCUGGAGGUGCCCCUGCCUCCACCCCCGAGACACAUCCAGAGCGCACGGCGCAGCUCCAGUUUGCCGGUAGAACUUAAUUGGAUGUAUCGCUGCUUCAGGGAAAUGUCUGAACGAAUCCACCGACAGAGGUUGAUCAGCCCCAGCCAUAAAGCAUCUCAGAUAUUUAUCAUAAGCGCUCAAGGGCGACCCAUGGCAGAAGACGAUGCGCUUAGUGUUGUGAUGACUGUGGUUCCACCGCAGCGCAGGCAGAGGCGAAGGCGCAGGAUUUGCACCACUGCAAGAUGCCUUAUCGUUCUGCUCUCAGCUUUUACUAUACUGGCAUUAGUGGCUGCAACGCUACCCUGGAUUUUGUUGGCAUAGCACCGUGAUGUGGGUGUAUGGAUUAUGAUGUGCCAAUAGGGGAUGAUACAUUGACAAUUAUAGCGAAUAUAUUCUUAUCCAUGGCAUUAAGUUUAUGGUUGCUAAGCAAUGAAGUGUGUGAAUAAAUGUGUUUGUCUUUCUGAUGAAAAUAAGGCAUUUCCUUACAGAAUCAAAAAGUUAAAAAUGUUAAAUUAAGUGAAUAUUUUUAGUUGAAAAGUGGGUUUAAGAUAUAAUUAGGUAUCGUGAUUCCUCUCCUGGUUUUCAGGUCAGAAGUCAGAAGGUGUAUGCCCCUUUGUGUGCAUUACCAAGCAACAGUCCAGUAAAGUCAAGUCAAGGUUGAAGCUUUGACAGUCUUUUGUUUUGCAUUCCUGUCUGUGACAUGUUCGACAUGUUUGAUUAGAAUAAAAAAUGCAAUACAUCCUAACAAUUUCAAAGCACACUCAAAGGUUACUAAAUCCAAAACGAUUGAACAUCUUAGAAUUAUUUCAACAACCAAAAAAAGGGGCCUGCCAGAAAAAGUGCAAUAAAAACCAUGUAACCCAAAUCCCAUUGUUGUUAAAGCAGCUCAAGUCAAUGUUGUGUUACCCUGUUGUUGAAUACACUGUUUCCAAGCAGCAAAAGCUAACAUCUAUCCUUCAGGAUUAUUUUUUAUGUCUGUCCUGAAAAGUAAAAAGGGGUUACGUUCUAUACUGUAGCAGCCAGAAACGAGUUUGGUUUAUUGAGGGAGCGUGACAUAAAUGACCCUGUUUAAACAUUUGGGGUAUCAUGUUAAAAUACUUUCUCUCCUCUUAAAAUUACAAAGAAACAUGUCAGAUAUUUGAAAAAAUCCACAUUUCAUUUUUAGACUUUAAUUGUACACAUGCUAAAUGAAAAUGUUUGAUAAGAAGAUUGAAGGGAGUUAGAUACACAGUUACAUAUACAGGCUCACAUUGUAGUGUGUAUAAGGACGCUGUAAACAGAGACACCUUUAAGAAAUAAUUGAUGCACCCUGUGCAGUCUGAAGGAGAUAUACUGUAGCAGGUAUAAUGAGCUCUGCCUGGCUGUUUGCUGUAAGAAGAUACGCCGCCUAUACUGUGGCAUUAGAUUACUUGUCUGUCUAAAGAACCAAGAUUAAGAUGGAGAAGAAAGAUAUGAGCAUGGCUUAAAGGGGGAAAAAAGUAACAACAUAAGUUAUAUAACAAGUAGAAAUUACACAAUCACUGGUUUCUUUGAAAAAAGACUUGCUCUUGAAAAUGAGGUCAAACAAAGAGAAAGGCAGAGUGACACCAUGAUAAAUGUGUACACUCCUAGUUUCCUCCUGUGACAAUCCCUCAGCCAUCCUGCUGGGCUGGUCCUACAGGUUACACACCUGAGGGGCGUUUGUUCUGCAGCCAAACCCGUUGCUAAGAAAGUGAAUAAUCAUUAUUUAAUUUGAUGAAUCAGAUUUUAAGAUGGUAUUCUUGUUGGUGGCUUGCACGGCAGUGGUUAGAGCCGGAUUAACUGAGUUAUAAAUGCUAAGCAGAUACAAUAUUUAAGGCAAAGAUAUAAUGAGUGAAAACAUUAUAACUCUAGUGAUUUAUUCAGGUUAAAAUGAUGACAGUACCGAUUGAGAGAAAAUUGCUUAAAAAAGCAGCAAUUAGGUUUCUGCAUUAUGUUCAUAAUGUUGAAUAAAUUCGAAAUUAACC